GCGGGGGUUGGUGGUGACGUGGGCGGGUCCGACCCAAGCUCUCGCGGUUUACCAGGAAGAAUUUGCCGGGGUUGGUGCUAGGGCUGUCCAAUCCGCGGAGUGGCACCACCAGCCCAGAAUGUCCCGAGGCGGCGGGAUUAAGGAUGACUUCGUACAGCCCUAGAUGUCUGUCGAUCCUCAAGAUAUCGAUGGUGCUUUUGGUCCUGAGCGUUGGACUCUUUAUGUUCCAAAGCGUGUUCCUCGAUACAGACUUCAGUCUCCUCAACUCACCCAUCCCGUCCCCCACCCUGGAUGCGCAGACGCUGAAGCUUCUACCUGAGAAACCCGAUUUCUACGGUGAAAACGGGCUGUUCCCGAAAAACCAGUGCCAAUGUGACGCCUUCGGGCAUCAGGAAAGCUAUAACUUGGAGGAUGCCUACGACCCGCGUGACCUCCCCGCAGUGAACCUGAGGAGACAGGCUGAGCUCGAACACUUUCAGAGGAGAGAAGGGCUCCCUCGCCCACCGCCCCUGCUGGCUCAGCCCAACCUCCCCUUUGGGUACCCGGUCCACGGGGUGGAAGUGAUGCCUCUACACACCAUCCCCAUCCCAGGCCUCCGGUUUGAAGGACCUGAUGCUCCCAUCUAUGAGGUCACCCUGACAGCUUCUCUGGGGACACUGAACACCCUUGCUGACGUCCCAGACAAUGUGGUGAAGGGCAGAGGCCAGAAGCAGCUGAACAUUUUGACCAGUAGCCGGGAGCUUUUGAAUUUCAUCCUCCAGCAUGUGACAUACACGAGCACAGAGUACCACCUCCACAGAGUGGAUGUGGAUGCAGAGUCAAACUUAAUCUACCCCUCUGAUUCCAAGCCCACUUCACCCGACAGAGUCUCACGGGGGCAGACAUGUGCGUUUCAGAGGCAGUCAGCAGGUUGCUUCCGGAACACACAGCAGGUGAGUCUGGAGUCCAAGUCCUCAGUGGCCAAGUUUCCAGUGACCAUCCGCUAUCCUGUCAUGCCCAAGUUAUAUGACCCUGGACCAGAGAGGAAGCUCCGAGACCUGGUGACCAUUGCCACCAAAACCUUCCUCCGUCCCCACAAGCUGAUGACCAUGCUCCGGAGUGUUCGUGAGUACUACCCAGACCUGACGGUGAUUGUGGCCGAUGACAGCAAGGAGCCCCUGAAAAUCACUGACAGCCACGUGGAGUAUUACGCCAUGCCAUUUGGGAAGGGCUGGUUUGCUGGCAGGAACCUGGCCAUAUCUCAGGUCACCACCAAAUAUGUGCUCUGGGUGGACGAUGACUUCAUCUUCAACAGCAAGACCAGGAUCGAGGCGCUGGUGGACGUCCUAGAGAAAACGGAACUGGACGUGGUAGGUGGCAGCGUGAUUGAAAACACAUUCCAGUUCAAGCUGUUGCUGGAGCAGGGGAAGAAUGGCUACUGUCUCCACCAGCAGCCAGGAUUUUUCCGGCCCGUGGAUGGCUUCCCCGACUGCGUGGUGACCAGUGGCGUUGUCAACUUCUUCCUGGCUCACACAGAGCGACUCCAAAGAACUGGCUUCGACCCCCGGCUGCAGCGAGUGGCGCACUCAGAGUUCUUUAUUGAUGGGCUCGGGAGCCUGCUCGUGGGGUCCUGCCCACACGUGAUCAUAGGUCACCAGCCCCAUUUACCAGUGAUGGACCCAGAGCUGGCCACCCUGGAGGGGAACUACACCAGUUAUCGGGCCAACACCGAAGCCCAGAUCAAAUUCAAGUUGGCUCUCCACUACUUCAAGAACUAUCUCCAAUGUGUCACCUAAGGUAUCCGGGCAUUGGAAAAGCGCUGAGCUGCCUGGUUGCAAGUAUCUAAGACAGCGGAUGCGGUGGCUGGGAUACCAAUAUUUGAACUCCUCAUAAGAUAAGCACUGUAAUGCCCAGGGAGCAGGGUAGGCAGGUGGGUCUGACUCCGUUACUGGAAGUACCAAUAAAAGUACAGGGUCAUUAGAAAUGGACCAGUCACUGAGGUGGGCAAUGGAGACUUCAUUCAUAACGAUUACGGCGGAGUUUCCAUCAUGGCUCAGAGG